AUGGACUUUACCAGCGCUAAUCACCUCACACCCACAGCCACCACCAUCAAAACCCCAGACACGGACACUGAGCCCCCAUCACCAUCAGAACCCAAAUCCAUUUCAAACAGGUCCUUAUCUUUCCCCAACGGCUCUCUCAAGCCUCACCAUCCCACAAUCCCGCCGCCGCAACCGCCACCAACAAUGGCUGUUGCCUACAAAGAGUGCCUCAAGAACCAUGCAGCUAGCUUGGGUGGCCAUGCUCUAGAUGGGUGUGGUGAGUUCAUGCCCAGCCCCUCUUCCAACCCCAUGGACCCCACCUCGCUCAAAUGCGCCGCUUGCGGCUGCCACCGGAACUUCCACCGCCGUGACCAGCACCGACCCAAAAAUGUUCUCAGCCACCACCGCCUCUUGCUGCCAGCGCCACCAACUCAUCACCACCACCACAGCUCCAGCCCAAGCCCAACCCAAAGCCCCGUUUCGAGCCAAGGCCCAACUUUGAGCCCACAGUCUCCUCCUCCCGUCUCGCACUUGCCACCCUCCUAUUUUGCUUCCCCACCCCAAAUGUUGCUGGCUCUCAGCAACGGCGUUUCUGGGCCGUCCGAUGCGCACCACCACGGUCUCCACCCAACGACUAUGAAAGCUGAGAAGUACACAAAUGAGAAAAAGAGAUCCAGGACCAAGUUCAGCCAGGAACAGAAGGAAAAGAUGAAUUUGUUUGCUGAGAAAGUAGGUUGGAGAAUGCAAAGGAGUGAUGAGAGGUUGGUGGAGGAGUUCUGCAAUGAGGUUGGGGUCCGUAGAGGGGUGUUCAAGGUUUGGAUGCACAAUAACAAGCACGGUCUGAAGAAGAGAUCAGAGAGAUCAAGUGAUGGCGGUGAGCGGAUGAUUAUUAGCAAUGUCAAAUACGAGACCAGUAAUGGAGAUGAUGAGGGUUGUGGCAGAGUUGGCUUCGACUCCAUUGUUAAUGCUCAAACCACCAGCUACAAUGUCAAUGCCAUCCCCCAAAAUGGAGGUACCAGAGCAAGUUUCCAUCUUUCCAAUACUGGGUCGUCUUCUUCAUCGUGA